GGCGAGCUCCUUUGAGGGGGGGAGCCCGGCGGGCGGCGAGGCGCUGGGAGCCAUAGGGAAGCGGAGCUUCUUCUGCUGCUGUUCCUUCCUCCUUUUUCUCCUGGCUGGCCCCCGCCAGUAGCCCAUCAGCCAAAGAUCUUCGUCCCUGCUAUGCACAAUGUCUGGUUCAGUGGAUGACGUGCCUUGCAUGAACUUUGAAGCCAACAUAUUUGCAAAGAGCCUGUGCCAGCACUGUUUCCGAGCCGCAGGGGCUCACCAGCAUGCUACCCAGGAUCAUGCCACGGAAGUCACAGGGCGCGAUGCCUGCAGCGACGCAGCCCCGCGAGAGCCCUGGGACUCCCUCCAUAUUUUAGCCCCGCAGUGCGAGGUAUACGUGUGUGUGGGCCCGGCGGAGGGCACGGAGCGCUCUCCUCCGAAGACCUGCUUUGCCGUGGACGUGGUGGCAUCCCGCGUCGCUCGCGCCUCCCCCAGUAACGGCCUUCUCCCCGUCCCAGAGCGCCGUGCUGCCAGCCAGAAGCCUGAGGAGAGCUGGCCAAAGCACCGAAAAACUGACCCUCCCUGGGCAUCCACCCUGCCGCGUGCCCCAGCUGGCUCCCCGCCGGCCUGUAGUGACCCCCUGAGUGGCAGUGGGCACCUCUCUGGCCCACGGGUUCGAGAGUCCCACAGCUACUCCGGCGGUGGGGCUGCAGAGGGGCGGCACGGGCUGGAGAGGCAGGAGUACACGGUGCUGGCAGACCUGCCCAAGGCCAAGCGCCUCAGCCAGCGGGACGCUGUUGACCGCUAUGGUUCCCGGACACUCAGCCCUGGCCGAGUGGAGGUGGAGAGGAUAUUUGGAUGCGAACGCAGGAAAUCAGAGACGCUGGAGGCCUUCCAGGCUCUGGAGGAGGGCCGUGUGGACCGGCUCGAUGGCAAGACGCCGGUGCCACCCAGCAAAGGCCACCUAACUCGGAGGCGGUCCAGUCCCAGCCUGCCCAGGGAGGGUCAGCGACUCUCCUGGCAGCUUGAGCAGCGCAGCAGAGACCCCAAGGAGACCCGGCGUUCCCCCAGCCCAGCUCGGCACCCCGAGAAGGCAAACAGGACCCGGGGGGACUCCCCACGCCCUGCCAGCCCUGGCUGGCUGCUGGAGAGAGGCAGCCAGAGCCCACGCUCUGCAAGCCCAGCCCGCAGGUCGGAGAAGAGAGCAGGGGAGCCCCUGAACCGUCCCUGUCGCACUGAGAAAAGCUGGAGAAGCCGAGGGGAGCCUGCCCGGUCCCCAAACUUGGAGAGGGGCCGAGCCACCUGGCAAGCAGGGGGUAUACGGCAAGCACUGGAGAAGAAGAGCCGAGGAGAUUCCCUGCACCCCACAAGUGCUGGGAAGGGCUCAGAUAAUGUCAGGCUGAGCCGGGCAGGGCCACCACCACGGGCCCUCAGUCCUGGGAGACGUACAGAGAGCACAAGGAAAAGCCAAAAGGAGAGCUCCCCUCCCAGCUUGGUGCGGUGGGCAGAGAGGCAACGAGCGAAGCCAGGGGAGCCGCUGCACCUUGCAGGGCCCAGGAAGCCAUCUGAAUGCAGCUGGCAGAGCCUGCGGGAAAAGCUGACAUCCUCCCAACCCUCUAAGGGCACCAGCAGUGACUGGAAAGGCCGAGGCAAGCCCCUGCGCCCCAUGAGCCCAACACGACCACUGGAGCAGGACUGGAGGGGCCGGGGGGAUGCCCGCCAAGCACAGGUGUGGGAGAAGGACUGGAAGCGCCAAGAGAUGCCCGUGUGCCAUGCAGUUGUGAUGCGCCAGCUGGAAAGGGACUGGAAAAACCCUGCUAGGUGUCUGGAUGUGGGACUACGGUCAGAUGACAGCUGGAGAAGGCCUGAGAGUCCAGUACAGGAUCUGGAGGAGGACUGGAAGGGUCCCAAGCUCGCACAAGAUACACACAACCCUGAGAAGCCACUGGAAAGUGACUGGGGGAACAAGAGUCUUCUCAUUUACCAUCCCCAGCUGGGUGGAAGCACCUUCACACCGCAAAGCAGCACUGGCUCCUCAGGAAGCCCACAGCCACAUUUGAAUGCCAGUAAGAAGCGCAACAAGCCGGAUCUUCUCAAUUUCAAGAAGGGAUGGAUGUCCAUCCUGGACGAGCCGGGAGAGUGGAAGAAACAUUGGUUUGUGCUGACUGACUCGAGCCUGAGGUAUUACCGGGACUCGAACGCAGAGGAGGCUGAUGACCUUGACGGAGAAAUCGACCUCCGUUCCUGCACGGAUGUGACGGAGUUCGCGGUGCAGCGCAACUACGGCUUCCAGAUACACACAAAGGAUGCCGUCUUCACCCUGUCAGCAAUGACCUCUGGCAUCCGGCGCAACUGGAUCGAGGCCCUGAGGAAGAAUGUGCGCCCAGUCAGUGCUCCAGACGUCACCAAACUCUCAGAGUGCAACAAGGAGAACUUCCGUAACUGCGUUCCCCAGAAAGGCUCACUCCGGGCGGAGGAGCAGCAGCGGCUGGGCUCGGGCUCCGAGGGGAACUCAAAAGGCAGUCACUGGAAGGCGGAUGGGCAGCGCCAUGCCUUUGACUACGUGGAGCUGUCUCCCUUCCCACAAGACCCCGGGAAUCAGGCGUCCCUGCAGAGGACGAAAGGGAGCUUGAGGAUCUCCGACCGAACUCCCAAGUACGAGGAGCUGGAGCGAGAUCUGGCCAUGCGCUCGGAGGAGAGGCGGAAAUGGUUUGAGAGCCCCGAUGGCAGGGUCCCCAACAGCGAUGGCCCAGCAGGAGACUCCUCCCGCAAGGUCGGGGAGCAGGACCUCCCCGCUCCUCCACUUUCAGAGGACCAACGAAUUCGUCUGAAUGAGGAGAUAGAGAAGAAGUGGCUGGAGCUGGAACGCCUGCCCUUGAAGGACUUGCAGCGGGUGCCCUUGACAGCACUGCUGAACCAGGGCAAGGGAGGGCAGGGAGACACCAGUGAGGCGCUGAAAAAGGAGAUCCAGUCACUGCGGGCACAGCUGGAGUCCUGCCGGGCCAGAAAUGAGAGCCUUCGGGAGGCAGCAAAAUCCCAGGGAGACAGCCAUGUGCCCCGAGGGUACAUCUCACAGGAGGCCUGUGAGCGCAGCCUGGCUGAGAUGGAGUCAUCUCACCAGCAAGUGAUGGAGGAGCUGCAGAGGCACCACCAGCGGGAGCUGGAGCGGCUGCGGCAGGAGAAGGAGCGGCUCCUGGCAGAGGAGGCAGCGGCAACGGCAGCAGCCAUUGAGGCGCUGAAGAAAGCCCACCGGGAGGAGAUGAAUAAGGAGCUGGGCAGGACACGGAGCUUCCAGCAGUGCAGCUCUCUCCCAGAAGCCCUCCAGAAGCAGCACCAGUUGGACGUGGAGUCGCUGAAGCGGGAACUGCAGGUGCUUUCUGAGCAGUAUUCCCAAAAGUGCCUGGAAAUUGGGGAGCUCACCCAGAAGGCAGAAGAGCGGGAGCAGAUAUUGGAGCGCUGUCAGCAGGAGGGGAAGGACCUCCUCCGGAAAAAUCAGGAGCUGCAGACCCGUCUGUCGGAUGAGAUCGGGAAGCUGCGCAGCUUUAUUUCGUCACGGGGCUCUGGGGACCGCACCUCUCACAACAACGAGCGGAGUUCCUGCGAGCUGGAGGUGCUGCUGCGGGUGAAGGAGAAUGAGCUCCAGUACGUAAAGAAGGAAGUGCAGUGCCUCCGGGAGGAGCUGCAGAUGAUGCAAAAGGACAAGAGAUUUGCCUCAGGGAAAUACCAAGAUGUCUAUGCAGAGCUGAAUCACAUCAAGGUGCGCUCAGAGCGAGAGAUCGAGCAGCUGAAGGAGCACCUGCGCCUGGCCAUGGCGGCUCUGCAGGAGAAGGAGUCGCUGUGCAACAGCAAGUAACGGUCUGCUCUACGUUUGUUAUCUGUUCUUGUUUUGUAUUUGCUCCAUUCCUCACUUGUGGGGAGAGAGAGGUUGAAUCCCCAUCCGUUAUCACCUUGGCAAGGAAUCCCACACACCCCCAACCUCCUCACUCCCCUCCCAAAGCUUUUUUGAUGAACCCUUUUUGCCUGCAUACCUGAGCACAUUGUUUGGACUGGCUCCUUACAUGCACCUUCUUCAGGAUUUUAUAUGUGAAAAUUAUAUUUUAUAGAGGAAUUUUUCUCCCAUGGAAAGGAGGGGAAGAGGAGGAGGACAACUUUUACUACGUCACCAGCAUUUUUCUAACCUGAAAAAGAGAAUCUGGUUUUUCCCCCUUUCCUAGCCCCCUUUCUCUUGGCCACACACAGCCACCUUUGGCACAUACUCCCUCUCUUCCAUAUGUCUCCACGGUCCCCCUGGGAUGUACAGCAAGGACCAUGCUCCCCCUCCCUGUGCCACCCCCAGGGACCUGUGGAGAAGACACGCAAGCCAUAGGAGAGAGCUGCCAGGGCAAUCUGCCAUGGAUGUGCUUGCCUGAGACGGUUGAAAGAGGACACCUUGGCAAGAGUCCGCAUGAUCGAGCUCUCUCUCCGUGACUGCCCUUUUGGCUCCUGCAAGAACCUGAACUGGCAGGAGCCCAGAGCCACGGGGCUUCUCCUUUCUGGGGAAGUGGAGCUGUGAGGCUGCUACUGCACCUGCCCGAGCCAACCUCCCCAAGGUGGCAGCUGCUGCUGCUCCGCUGUGCCCUUCAACUUUUAACUUAAUAAAAUCUUCCCCUUUCGCUGAGAAAAA